UAACCUCUGAAACUCGUUUCGAGAGUCAGCUAGCAAAUUUUUGGUCUUUCGAGUCGUGGAUUUGUUACAUAGUGAUAACUGUUUUUAAUUAUUUUAAAGCUACUUUGACUGAAUUUCAGUAGUUUAUUCUAUACCUAUUUAUUAAAAAAAUAGUAUUUGUAAAAAACUGAUUAUAUAGAUAUUUUAACCUCAGUGUUUUUAAAUUGCAGUGAUUAUGAGAAUAACAAUGAGAAGCCAAAUUCGAUGGAUGGAUUAUUGUAGAUGACUCCAAGUUUCAACCAGCAAUAUCUGUCAACUAUUAAACUAAGAACCGGAGGUCUUAAACUUCUAAGUUUCAUUUCAAAAUAAACGCUUCACUGAAUAACAUCAGAAAUUCUGCUUUCCUUAAAGAUGGAAGUACAGUCUAUUUUGAGUGAAAAGGGUGAAAAAUUAUUGGUUUUUGAUAACUAUAAGUUUCAUAAAGGUUAUGUUGCCAAAAGUGGUAAAGUGCUUUGGAGGUGUAUCAAAAAUGGUUGCCAUGCAAAAGUGUACACCCCCAGCUUUGACAGCAAUGUUGUGAUUGACCAAGAUUUAAAUCAUAAUCAUACAAGAGAUCUCAAUAUUGCUAGACAAGCUGUCAAUAACAACGCUAAACGAAAAGCUAUGGAAGAAGUGUUCGCAAGACCAUCAAGAAUUAUUCACUCUGAAUUGGAAACGAAUGUAUUUUCAACGGGAAUCACUUCACGUGACUUGGGCUGCAUUCGUAAAAACGUCUACGGAGCCAGACGUACCGUUCUUCUAAAUCUAAGUCUACCUAAAGAACAAGAAGAAGUAUCCGAAAAUACUACAGAUCAACAGAUCAAAAGCGAGUUGAAGGAAUCAACAGGAGAACAAGAUGUUCGGCCAUAUUCUUAUACAACUACUAACAUUUUUCCAGAAAAUAGUUCUGGUACUAGUGCUUUAAAAGAGCACUGUCAAAUCACCUUAAACACAUCCGAACUUCAGUAUUUGAUAGACCGUGCAAUUGAAAGUCGCUUAGCCCCUGCUCUUGAGAAAAACAGAGCUGAGGUGAAACAGGAUAUCAACCUUUUACAGGUGUCAAUGAACAGUUUGUCGUCGAAAAUAGAUUUGUUUAGUACCAAACUCCAGAAUGUUGAGAACCGAGUUGAAACUAUGGAAGCCCACAUACAUUCUCUCCAAGCAGCACUUUCAGAAAGACGCGAUACAAAUGCUUCGACCGUUUCUACCGAAAAAGCUCUAGGAACGUCUAGUCAAGAGAGAGAAAAAUAUUUACAAAAUCCAAAAGAAGAGAUCUCCAGCUAUAUUCUCCUACCAGAUCUAGAGAGAAACUAUAGAGGAGAGUGCGAUCAUCUCUCUGAAAGAAACCAUUCAGACAAAAAAGGUGUAAAUACUAUAAUUUCUUCUGACAAUAAUUCUACUUCCAAAGAUUUAACUUGCAUUAUUGAACACGACAAUGAUGAAACAUUGAAAAUCAAAGGAGAAAUAAUUCAAGAUCAAGAGCGACACCACAGGGGAGGGGAAAUUAUGCCUUCGGAAGAAUAUCGUUUUGAGGAAAAAUAUAUAAAAACUGAAAUCCCUUCUGACAAUAAUUCUGGUGCCGAUAUUUUAACUACAAUUGAGUACAAUAAUGACGAAUCUUUGGAUAUCAAGGAAGAAAUCAUACAAGAUCAAGGGACAGUAACAGGCCAGAAAUCUGAUGAAAAAUAUCAGAAAAAAUUAUGUGCCGUAAAUACAACAGGGGAAGCUGAUAUUUUUGCUGAUAAAAAUGAUGUGAUAAGUAAAACCAAGCAGAAAAUUCAAGAUUUGAAACCAAAAAGGAUAUUCAAGUGCCCAAAAUGUGCGCGUACUUAUAAAUGGAGAGAAAAUUUGCGUCGUCAUAAAAAAUUCGAAUGCGACGUCAUGCCACAGUUCACAUGUACAUUCUGCAGUAAACGAUUCAAAAGAAAAAGUCACAUGAUUAUCCACAUAAAUCAGAUGCAUCUAAAAACAAACCCCAAGACAAUUGAAAUGAAUUACAAUUGUGACAAUUGUCCUCGAAGUUACAGUUCCAUAGUUUCUUUAAGAAGACAUAAGCGCUUAGAACACGCAGAGGUCAAACCACAAUUUACUUGCGAUAUUUGCGGACACAUUACGAAUUCAAAAAGUGACUUGUCAAGACACAUUAUUUCACGCCACGUGGAGCGUGUGCGUCAAAAAAGAAACUCUGAGCCGUCAGUCAGGCACCAAUGCGACAAAUGUUCGCUAAGUUAUACAUUGAUUAAAAGUUUAAAUGUACAUAAACGUCAUAAACACGCAGAAAUCAAACCGUAAUUUAUUCUUAAGUGUAUUUUAAGCACAAAAUAAGUUGGAAACCUAGCCUGAACAACAUAUUAUUUCACACCGUCUCAAAUAGCAGUACGAAUGCCAAGAGUGUGCUUGAAAAUGUACAUGAAAAUACAUUUUGUUUAGGUGUCUGGUAUAAACAAUUAUUAUUAAAAAUUUUUUAAAAGAAAGAGCUCUUUUCGCUCUACUGGGAAUAGAACUAUAGAACUUCCGAUUGCCGGUCGGGUACUUUUCCAAUUAAUCUAUUAGAGAGAUCAAAAGACAAAUACUUUUUCAUAAAUAUACGCUAUCUCAAGCUAGAUUUUACAUUUAUGAUACGAGUAAUUUAAAGGAAUCUGUAUUAUCGUCAGUGAUAGUUACUGUCGAUAAGUGUAGAUGUCAUUCCACAUUCUGUGAAAAUAGAAACCAAAAAUAUCGAUCAUGUUACUUCUUUAAAUAGCAGAAAAAUGCCUAAUGUUAUUUCUGACUAGAUAGAAAAUAAAUAUUUCUUUUUAAAUUAAUAUUUUCUGAAAAAAAGUUUUCCUGCAUUUUCAGAAAUAUACGCUAUCUCAAAGCAGGUGUUACAUUUAUGAUACAAGUAACUUAAAGGAAUUUGUAUUAUCAUCAGAGGUAGUUAUUAUCGAUCAGAAAAAUACUGAACGUGAGUAGAUCUUUUUUUAGAAAAUUUAAUUUUUUAAAUUUAUUUUCCAUCUAGUGAGUAAUUUUUUAAAGUAAUUUUCUAUUAUUUGAAGGGUAAACCUGAU